AUGCAAUACGGGAGGGACAAUGCUCAAGAAAACCCAUUUAGUUUCCGGCAUUUCAAUAUGUACAUGCAAGCUAUGGAGCUUGUGCGGAUGGGAGACUCAAGUGUGGCAGCUUAUGAACACCUGAUUUCAUUGUUCAAGCGCUGUGCCGCAGAGAUGAAGCCGUUCACAGACAUCCGAGAUGGUCUGGGUCUCGAAGACAGGCUAGCGGACAAUAUAAAAUAUCCGGAUAGGAUACAAUCUGAAGUUGAUAUAUGUCCAGGGGGAGGAACUCAGAUCACAGUGGGUGAUGGUGACAGCAACUCAGCUAACGAAUCUGCAACUCUGCUAACGAAGUUAUUACCACUGAUUAAAAGAAAGCAACUGGGCAGACCAACAACAAGUAGGGAGAAAGCACCAUAUGAGGGAUUAAGUAAGAGAACAAGAUUUUGUGGCAUUUGCAGGCAGCAAGGGCACAAAUGCACAACUUGCCCGGAACGCGGGGAUGUGCCAAAACAGCCUCGUAAACCGGCAAGAUGCAAGAACUGUGGCGUUGAAGGGCACCGGCGGAACAACUGUAACAAGGCAGCAGAGCUUAGGUUGAAAUAA